AACAAUUCUGGUCCGUUAAAUCUACGUUUUGCCACUCCGUUAUCCGUUUGUCAUCUAUGAAGACGACAUCGCGGAAGGUGUAAGCGUAACUAAGCGUAACUCAGAAAACCAUUUUUCCCGUUUGCUAACUCUUCACAGUGAAACGACAUAUGAGGAUAUGAUGGUGAAAUGGCUCCCCCCGGUUCAAAUAUUGAGCACCAAGCCUUUGACGCUAUUAAUACACAGGCCGCGAUUGAUCCAGACAGCGCAGCCGAUGAUUUUAUCCAAUUCAUCACACAACCCGCCUUUCAGACAGUUAUCGAUCUCACGCAAGAUGGCGACGAAGAUCCCACCGUCAACGUAACAGACAACAUUCUACCCGACCCCGCUCCGGCCCACAUCGAGAAUCCAAUAGGAUCCUACGACGAAUCACUCCCCGGACCCGCUGACGAACCAGCAAGAAAGAAGACUAGAAAAACGAAUCGCCCCACCUCUCCGGUCAGUCCUGGACCGUGUGACGAACCACCAAGAAAGACUUAUCGUUUUACUGCGGUGGUCCGACCUGAACCGAACGGCGAACUUCCGAGAAAGGCUUAUCGUUUUCCCCCGACGAUCAGUCCUGAGAGCUCUCCAGAGAGGAAAACUCUCUGUCUGACACCACCGAACAGCCCGGCGACCAGUCCUGAGACCGAGCUGUUUUAUGACUCGAGUAGAAGCCAUAAGGAUGACGUGACUACCUGGGGCAUGUCUCAAAUCGAUGCCUGGGACCAGAGUUCUUGGACGAGCGAGCGUGACGAGGUGUCUACCACCAACGCGGGUCAAACGCCAUAUCCUUCUCCCUCACCGUCGUCGGAAGAAGUAGAAGUGGAAGAAGUGCCGGCGCCUCAGCCGGUUGACGAAUCAUUCGAUGAUCUGCCUCCGUUUCAUAGCCCCAUUAAUUCGAUUCAGUCAUUCGGUCAAGUGUUUCGCGAUGCGCAGGUUGACAUAAACAACAAAUACGUCGAACUCCGCGACGUACAAGAUGAUAUUAACAACAAAUUGAUCGCGUUGGGCAACGAGUCUCGUAUAUAAUCCAUAUAUUUAUAUUUAUAUAAUCCGAUAUUUCAAGUAAUUCUUAUAUCUCACGUCUGCUAUGAUUGUUUAAAUAUUUCAUGUAUGCUUUUUAUACUUUGUUUUACAUAUAUAAUCCGAUAUCUGCUUUUAUACUCUGAUUUGUCAUAUAUGCUUUUGUAUUCUGAUUUUGUAAUAGUUCAUGUAUGCUUUUUUAUACUCUAUGAAAUGUGUAAUAGUUCAUGUAUGCUUGUUUUAACUCUAUGAUUUUGUAAUAGUACGUGUUUUGGUCUGAAAUCUAAAAAUGGACGGUUCAGACGACUUACGUCAAUCCUCCACAGAACUGACGCCGGACGAGAUCGAGAUGCUAAGUUUACUUCCGGACUCUUUAGAACAGUAUUUGUUUAAUCAAGAAUCCCCUCCUAUUUUGGAUCUUUUUGAAUUAGCCGUAAAUCCAAAUAUGAAUUUGUUCGAUCCUCUGCUUAGCCUAGACACCGACCCCGUUGUACAACACGGCGGUGUUUUAAACCCCCCACCGACGGUGUGUACCGAGGCUGAUCCUGACAACACAGACCACCCCGCCGGUAAUGAUACUCCGCAAGCGUCCACAUCAGGUAACGUCGACCCUACUACACAGACUCGAUUAAGCCGUACAGACGUUGACAGGUUGAUUCGUGAGGGUGGGGACGUUAACGGAUAUCAUGUUUUACCGCGACCUCGUUUCAAUAGCGUGACAUUGAGAAGGACUACGAAUCUGAGAGAGAUUAACUCUACAGAUUUGGCCUCUUACCACGCCCGCUUACACGACAUGCUUACUGGAAUUGUGAAUUUCGCUAGGGAAUUUGACACAAAUUCUCCGGUGAUCAAUAUCACAUUGACGGCUCCCAGUUUACAGACGCCCGUUAGCGGGAUUUUAACUCGCGGUAAUAAUUACGACGUGGAUGGGUUUAUGGAUCAAAUCGAAAAAGUUUUACAGAGCAACGACCGGUUACUAUCUGACCAAACCGUAGAAUUUGAAGCUUCCGUAGCCAUGAACAGACAAGGCGGGGGUCGUCGGAAACUCACGGACUUGGCUGUGGAUGAGGUGAUCAAAAGGAAAAAGACGAGUUUAUUUUGCCCGAUCAAUAUUUCAAAUAAUUUGUGCUUCUCCAUCUGUCUCGCCCGUUUUCUAAACCCCCAACACCCCGAGAGCGAGUUAGAAAAACUGGCUUCCGUCAUCCAAAACAGCGUCGGCUUCUCCAUCCAAGACCGAAUCGGUCUCGGCGACAUAGCCUCGUUCGAACGAGCGCUAGACAUUAAAAUCGUCGUAUUUCACAGAUCUAACGCCAUGAUCUUAGAAACCUACAAAAAUUCAGAUGAACCCCAUCCAAAAACGGUCUUUCUGUAUCUCCACGACGACCACUACUACAUGAUAACGAGUUUGAAGGCGUUCCUCGGUUCAGCAUAUGUGUGUCCAUUUUGCUACAAAUCUUACAGCAACCGCAGAGACCAUCGAUGUAAGCACGUCUGCAACAUCUGUUUCGAUGCGGAUUGCUACAGGUUCCAAGCGAGAAACCUACAUUGCCCCGAUUGUUUGCGUUACUGUAAAUCGGCUUAUUGUUUCGAAAUGCAUAAAAAAAACCCGCCUCCCGGUCAGGAAUACCCCGCCUGCGAUAUGAUCAAAUACUGCAAACUAUGUAACCGACGUUACGACGUUAAACCGGGCAACCAGAAAACCAAACACAUAUGCGCCCCAGACAAAUGUGUGCAUUGUCGAGAGUCUCUGACGGACGAUGGAGCACAUCAAUGCUUUAUACAACCUCUAGAGCUUAAGGAACCGUGUGAAAAGUAUAUUUUUUAUGACUUUGAAUCGCGUUACGAAAACGGACGCCACGAGGCUAAUUUUGUCUGUGCCAUGACGUUCAAAGGUCAGAAAUUUACCGCCUACGGCACGGACUGCAUCGCUAAGCUAAUCAAGCGCUUCAGACAGCCCCGAUACAAAGGCUACUGCUUCAUCGCUCAUUACGCCUCCAGAUUUGAUGCCUUUCUAAUUCUGGAGUAUUUUUGCAAAGCGGGGAUCGUGCUCGAGGUCAUAAUGCAAGGGUGCAAACUACUCCUGAUGUACGACGACGCAUUUGCCCAACGAUACAUCGAUAGCUACUCAUUUUUCCCAUUCGCUCUCGCCAAAAUGCCCGCUGCGUUAGACUUGACGACGACCGAAAAAGGCUAUUUCCCCCAUCUUUUCAACAGGGUGGAAAAUGAGAACUACGUCGGACCGUACCCUGACAAAAAGUUCUACAACUACGAGAACAUGUCGGAUAAAGCCCAAGAAAAGUUUGACGCGUGGUACAGCACGGUCAAGGGUGAGCUCUUUAAUUUCAGGAAAGAACUGUACGACUACGGCGUUAACGACGUCGUGUUAUUGCGUGAAGGUUGCAUGAAGUACAGGACGUCAUUCCUACACUGCACCCAACUAGACCCUUUUGGGUUCACGACGAUCGCCAGCUGCGCGAUGGGGGUCUUCAAAACACAUUAUCUCGCCAGAAACAUGCUAGCCCUGACGCAUAACAAAGCGUACAUCCACCAGAAUAAGUCCUACUCGAGCGGUUCGAUCCAAUGGCUCGAGUAUAUAAAAAAGACUCGAAACGUGGACGUUCAUCACGCCGUAAACCACGGCGAAGUAUCGAUCGGUAAGUACUUUUUAGACGGCUACUACGAGCAGGACGGCGUCAGGCACGGUUUAGAGUUCUCGGGCUGUGUUUUCCACGGACAUUGCUGUCGCUUUGAACCCAAUCAGACGCACCCCCUGUCCGGAGUACCCUACGGGGUUCUCAGGAACCAGUUUGACGAUAAGAUUGAAAUUCUCCGGAACGCGUACGGUUUGCAAAUUGAGGUUCUGUGGGAAU